GUGCUCGAGUGGACGGGUCUUCAGCCGGUCUUGCAGUUGCUGCUUUCCUCGUCCUCGCCCUAAGAUCGGCCAUUUUGGAAGGGUUUCCAGGAUCUGGAGCUCACAAGGUUGUCUGGAAGCCGGUCCGGGCACCUGCUUCGUCAUGAACAUGUUCAGCUCUUUCCCUCCAGCCUACGAGCGACUUCCUGACGCCUCCACCUCCCUUCCAACUGGCGGAACAACUGACCCGACAAAGGCUCACCCGACUCUUUCUACACUUUCCUGCCUUGCCCGAGUUAUUCGUAUCAUAUUUUCUUCAGAGCAGGAGAAUGUGCGCUCCCUUUAUUUCCUCCUCAUUUUGUGUAGUGUCCUGUAUCAAAUCUUUGUUUAUUAUAUCGGGAUAGCAAUACCGAAAUUCUAUAUCGUGUUGAAUGCAAAGGACGAAGCUGCUUUCUGGAGUCUAGUUGGCAGGCUUGUCGGACUGUAUCUAGCAAUAUCAACCGCAAAAGCCUCCCUCCAUUUUGUGGGUGGUUUGUUCGCUCUACGGACACGGAGGAUCUUGACCAGAAAGCUGCAGGAAGGAUAUGUAACCAAGGGCGCACUGUAUGAUGUUGCACGCUCGAAGGCCGAUGGGAUAGAUAAUCCUGAUCAGCGCAUCACCCAAGAUGUUGAGAAGUUUUCCGACGAGUCACGUAAGGUGAUGGAGGAAAUUGUGAUCGAGCCGGCCCUUCUCGUGUACUAUACAUAUCAAACUUACCUCGUCAGUGGAUGGCAAGGCCCCUCUAUGAUCUACCUUUACUUUACAGUUUCUUUAGUCGUCUGUCGAUAUCUGCUUCGCCCCCUUGUGUCACUUGUGUAUUCCAAGCAACGGGCAGAGGGUGAUUUUCGUUUCCUUCACGUUCGGCUCCGCUCCAACGCCGAACCUGUUGCAUUCUUAAGGGGUGAAGAAUUGGAACGAGGGGUGUUGGAAGAGGCAUUCCAAAACUUGUUGGGCCUUAUGAGAAAGAUCGUGCACUGGGAGGCAAUCCUGAGGUUUGGAACGUCAUAUUGCAACUACUUUGGGUCGGUGGUUUGCUAUGGCAUCAUUGCCAUGCCGAUUUUCGAUGGGGUAUAUGAUGAUUUAAGUCCGGGUGAACUCAGCGCGCUGAUCUCAACAAAUCUCUUCUUCUCUCUGUAUCUGAGCUACCGAUUUACCGCCAUUGCCGAGCUAGCGGAAAAAUAUGCAGAUUUAGCGGGCUAUGCGGCACGUAUGGGCCAAUUUUUCGAGGUCAUUGAUCGCGAGAAACUAACUGCAAGCACUAUGGGAAAUUACGCGGUUACUACCACUACAAAUGAUGCGGAUCCUUACAUAUCUAUACGAGACCUAUCAUACAAUGUCCCGCAAGGACAGAGCCUUGUCUCCAACCUCACCCUCACAGUUACCCCAGGAUCACACUUGCUCAUUAUGGGACCCUCUGGCAGCGGGAAGUCCUCAUUGUUGCGGGUGUUGAGCGGUCUUUGGGUUCCAUAUCAAGGUCAAAUGAGUCUGCCACCAGAAAAUAAAAUGCUGUUCCUGCCUCAAAUACCCUAUCUGGUGCAUGGUGGGACGCUUCUGGAACAAAUCAUCUACCCUGCUAAGCUGGAGGAAGUGUACAUACCGGACGAGGAUGUAGAAGUAGUUUUGCGGACUGUAGGACUAGAGCAUUUACUGCUCCGAGAACGCGACGUAGUUAUGGCUGGUAAGGACUUGGACUGGGAUGUCAUGCUUUCACCCGGCGAGCGGCAACGAUUAGCGUUCGCUAGAGCAUUAUGGAGACGACCUAUUUUUGCGUUCUUGGAUGAGGCGACAUGUAACAUCGAUGCAGCUGCUGAAGGAGAGCUCUUCAAAAUCGCUUGGGAAAAGGGCAUUACUUGUGUGCUAGUUAGUCAUAGAAUCGUUCAUGGUUUCGGGAGAGUGUUGAGGAUCGUGGGGGACGGGACCUGGGUUGAGGAGAGUUUAGAUUAGACGUUGCAAUCGGUGGCAUUCCAAAGACAAUAUCCUUCUCUGGUUGC